AUGGCUUCGUCUGACGAUGAGCAAUUGCAGAAAGCCAUUGCAUUAUCUCUAGAGAGCCAUUCCGAGGAUGUGGACGCUUCAUCUGAGGGCACAAGAUUGCCACAACCACUAGCUAAAGCGGCUCACGAGAAUGAUACAACCAAGGAAGGCAGACUGGUCUCGUCAGGCACAAUCCCUCAGCAGCCGUCUGAAGCCUCCGAAGCUGUUACAGAAAGUCAACCAUCUAUCAACAGAUUCGACAGGAAAGCAAUGGAAGAGGCGAGACUCGCGCGUGCUGCCGCUGCCCGCAUGAAGCGGAAAGGAUCCAUAUCACCACCACCUGUGCAACGUGAGCCGAAGCGGCAACACAUAGAGGUUAUUGAUCUUGACGCGGAAUCUCCGCCUAGUAUCCAGAAGACCGCCACGCGCAAUGGAGAUAGCAAGCCUAGCUCUCCCUUGCAGUAUCCGCACGGCGUAGUGAAGAAGACCUGGGCUUUUGGACACGAACGAAGCAACGACAUCAAGAUCGAAGAAGUGCUUCAGCGCGCAGAUCUGAAGCUGGCCGUGCUCAGCGCAUUUCAGUGGGAUAUCGACUGGCUCUUUAGGAAGAUCGACAUCAGGACGACCAACGUGAUUAUGGUCAUGCAAGCGAAAGAGAAGGCUGAUCAAGAUCGAUUUCGCAACGAUGCGGCGGGUACGCCGAACUUGCGCCUUUGCUUUCCGCCUAUGCCUGGCCAGGUGAACUGCAUGCAUAGCAAACUGAUGUUACUCUCCUAUCCACGGCAUCUUCGUGUGGUUGUUCCAAGCGCCAACCUAGUGAGUUACGACUGGGGCGAAUCCGGCAUUAUGGAAAAUUCUGUAUUCCUUAUUGAUCUGCCUCUUCUCGAAAAUGGCAAGCGCAACUCCGUCAACGAACUCACGGCUUUCGGGAAGGAACUCAUGUACUUUCUAAAGGCCAUGGGUCUCGAAGAAACUGUUUGCGACAGUGUUCUGAAAUUUGAUUUCUCGGCAACAGAUCAUCUAGCCUUCAUCCACACAGUUGGCGGCGCUCACUACGGCGAAGACCUGAAGCGCACUGGCUACCCAGGUCUCACUAGAGCGGUGCAGACACUCGGCCUGCAGUCUGGUACGCCUUUCAAGAUCGACUUCUGCGCUUCCUCUAUCGGUUCGCUUAGUAUGGAUUUCCUAGGGCUAAUAUACAAGGCCGCUCGCGGACUCAACGUAGACAAAAUCAACGACAGCGGCAAAUCUAAGCCUGCCAAGAAGAAGAAACCUGCCGUGCCGGCCGCUGACAAUUUGGAUAAUGUCAUUAUGGAGGAAGGACUGGAAGCUUUGCCUGAUGACUUUCGAAUAUACUUUCCCACGCAUGACACCGUUGCACGCAGCAAAGGAGGGACGCAGAUCCUCUACGCUCGCGGCCAGCGGAGCAAUGAAGAUGGCAAAGUCUCGAACAUCGCUUGGAUGUACACUGGUAGCGCGAACCUCUCGGAAAGUGCCUGGGGGAAGCUAGUAAUCGACAAGAGCAGAAAGGAAGCUAAGCUCAACUGCCGCAAUUGGGAGUGUGGUGUCCUGAUGGCAGUGCCGGCUUCCUCGUUGGGCGAAUCCGGUCAGGCGCAGGCCGGCGAACUUCCAGAUAUGGAGGGUUUCAGACCGGUAUACGACGCGCCUUUCGAAUAUCCUGGCGCCGAGUAUGGUGACAGGAAACCUUGGUUCGUCCAGGGUUGA